ACAUUUUUACCAUUGGAAGAAAGUGAUGACGGGAAAUACCAGCUGAAAAAAUGCAACAUUUAUCAAAUUCGACUUAAACACAUAAAAGAUAAUGAAUGAAAGCUGGGUUUCAGAUGGAAUUGUGUAUCCCAAAACAACAUGGUUGGGAAAUGAACUGUUGUCCAAACUGGCUAAGUGGUCCCUAGAGCAAAAACAGAGUGAGUUUAAAAGCACACUCUCACUCAUUUCUGUGGCAAAAUACAGCAAGAUUUAUCAAGAACUAAAGGAAAAAUACAAAGAGAUGGUGAAGGUGUGGCCUGAAGUAACUGAUCCUGAAAAAUUUGUAUAUGAAGAUGUUGCCAUUGCUGCAUAUCUUCUUAUCCUUUGGGAGGAGGAGCGAGCAGAAAAAGGCUUGUCUAAGAAACAGUCUUUUGUGGAUCUUGGAUGUGGAAAUGGUUUGCUGGUUCACAUUCUAAGCAGAGAAGGGCAUCCAGGCAAAGGAAUUGAUGUGAGACGAAGAAAAAUAUGGGACAUGUAUGGACCUCAAACACAUUUAGAGGAAUGUGCAGUCAAACCAUGUGGGAGUUACCUGUUUCCAGAUGUUGACUGGCUAAUAGGAAACCAUUCAGAUGAGCUAACACCAUGGGUACCUGUAAUAGCAGCAAGAAGCCCAUACCCUUCUUGCAGGUCUUCAUAUUCUUGUUGCUACUUUGUACUGCCUUGUUGCUUCUUUGAUUUUCAUGGAAAAUAUAACCGAAGGCAGAGCAAGAAGACACAGUACAGAGAGUAUCUGGAUUUUGUUACACAAGUGGGAUGCGCAUGUGGCUUUAAUGUAGAAGAAGACAGUCUUCGAAUUCCCUCAACAAAAAGGGUAUGCCUAAUUGGCAAGUCCAGAACAUAUCCAUCUACUCAAGAAUCUCUAAUUGAUAAGCAGCGGACACAGUAUAUCAAUAGCCGUCAAUCUUGCAUUGUCAUCCCACAGGACAGACGAGCUGGAUCUAAUCACUGUGACAAUCAUAACAUAAAAAAGAGUGCAGUUGACAAAGCAGCAGACUUGGAAUUUCCUGAAAAUGAGACUAAGAUAGAUGAUAGUGGCAUCUGGCUAUCUGGAUUUCGGCCCAGAGAAAAAGUAGAACAAGUGAGGAACUGUGCUACUCUUCCUCGGGAUUUUGUAGAUGAUGUGGUUCUGGAUGUAGCUAACUUAUUGUUAAGUGCAACCCAAGAAAAACCCUGUAAUUUGCCUGAUGGAAGUCUGAAUACCUGGAAUAGAGGAGAUAGUCUGCCCUUGAGGGAAGUAGCAGAACAUUUGGACAAAGAGACAUUAAAGAGGCUAAAGAGUGAAUAUGGGGGUCUGCAAACACUGCUCAAGAACAAUCAUCAGGUAUUUGAAGUUAUAAAUGGGAGAGUUCAGAUCCGUGACUGGAGAGAAAAGAAACAGGCCAAGAAAACCCCACCAGAAAUCAAACGAAGGCUUUCUGCUGAAGCUUUCAAAACACGCCUCUGUUGGUUUUUCAUUCAUCACCCUGAUGGCUGUUCUUUGACUUCUGAAUCCUGCCCGUACGCUCAUGGGACUGAGGAGCUGAGACAAUCUCAGAUUUUGAAAAAGAUAAAGCAUGUGCAAUAAUAAAGUUCUGUCAGUUUUAUGCUUAACCAGCAUAAAUAUCUUUCUGACUAAUUUCAGGGACUGCAUACUACAUGCAGAACUGUAUAAAGUGUUUAUAAUUCUCUUGUAUUUAUUUUGUUAAUCUAUUUCCUUAUACAGCCAUCUUUAUUUUUUAAUUUGGGGAUUGUUACAUUGAAAGAAACAGUGGUACGAUAUAUGUAUUUUCUUUAUUUCGGCAACUAAAAAUAUAGAA